AUGAAACAUGAAGCUCUUUCUCAACCCACCUGCACCAUGACGCUGGUGUGCAACUCAACCUCCCACUUACUUAUUGACGAUGACACACACAAAGUAGAGCAGAAUAAGAAAAGAAAGGACUCGGUGAAGAAGAAGGCCGAGGAUGAGGAGAUCCCAAAGAAGAACAUGGAGGAUUCGAAGGUAGAAUCUAAUUUUGGGUUUUGGCCUAUUGUAUUUUAUUGGUUUGAUUCAUCAUCUUCCCCAUUCUUUUCAGAUCAAGGGAUGCCAACGAAAAUAGACUAUGGCUAUGGAAGUGAAACAAACAACGAGAAAAAUGAACUCUGUUUACACAAACGGGAGAGGCAGCCAGGCCUGGAUCUGCUUUCUCUCUUCCUUUUGUUGGACGAUGAAGCCGGCAGAAAAGACGCGAAGGUGAAGAAGAAUAUAUGCAAAGGCGACAAAGAAAAAGUGGAAGGUUGCGGAGGAGACACAAGAAGACUGCGAAGAAGAACGGUAAGGGAACUGAGAAUCGAGCAGACUUCUCUUCCAGAAAAGGAGAGGGCGCAGAAUAACAAAGAAAAUCAAACCUCUUCUCUUGCAGGAGCUGACCGGACUCUUCAGAUGCUGCAGCUUAGUAACAAGCUCAAAAAGGACAAACGCCAGAGAAACAGUAUGGAACAACUAAUAUUAGUCGAGGGGAGAAUUGAGUGGCAAGAAAUCAGGCGAAUAAUAGCAUGCUUAUAUCGGUGAUCCUUGACCUGCUGGAUCAUGUAA